UAUAAAAAUCUCAAAUCGCACAAGCUCCAAAAAACUGAUGAAUAAGGAAAAGACCGCUAAAGCGCAGACUCAUCUCAGCCUGUGGACAGGACUCCAUCCCUCCGAUGAGUCGGAAUCGAUAAAAUAGAUCUUCGUGCACUUGACACGCACUGUGGAAAUUUUCAAUCAUCUUCUUGUGCUAAUAGUCCAGGAAGUUAUCCCUAUUUCAUGCAGUCCUUUGUACUCUGUUCUGUGAUUUAGUAAUAGAUGUAGGGAAUUAUGGCCAAGAAGAUACCUUUUAGUGUGAUUUUUGCCACAGAUGAAGAUCCAGCUUUUCCGGCCAGUGAAUUAAACAGCCACGGACCGACAGUUCAGGGAUGGCGUACCAGUGCCAACUCCAGUGUCCAACCACAGGAACUUAUCCUCAAGUUCCACUAUCCCGCGAGAGUGUGUCGUAUCCAAGUGCUGGGCCAUCAAUUUAUGAUACCUGAUCGGAUUGAAUUGUGGCUGCACAAUGCCCCAAAAGACUCUCCAACUACACCUUCAAGUCAGAAUUUUGAGUACCUAGGCUUCAUUGUUCUCUCAGACAAUUCCACGUCCCAAUAUAAAUCUCGAGAACUUCAGAGUGUCACUGUGACUCCAAGGAUGGGAAGUCACUUGAAACUGCGAAUGGGAGCACCCUAUGUAAAUGAUUUCAAUGACGCCCACCAAGUUGCUCUAAUUGGCAUCAAUGUCCUGGGAAUGGAUCCUGUUGACGAUACAGGAGGACCACUUGUGGCCCCUGAGACUCUGGCUUCCAUCUGUGACUGUCUCUCCUUCUCAAUGUACGUGGAGGAGACAAUUUGCGACGUGGUAAAGGAAUUGGAGGCAAAAAAACAUCGUGCUGUGAUUGAAGAGAGAUUCGAGUAUGCACGCAAGCUGAAAUUGUGCAUGACUGCUCUUAGAAGUGCUGGGGAACGCCUGGGACGAUAUGCUCUGGCCAAAAGACAAGCUGUCACCCAGGAAGAUUUCGCCACAGCACGUCUUCGAAAGGAACAAAUUGAAAUCUAUCGCAAUGCCGUCUUCUCCCAAUUGGAAGUGGAAAAGUUGCUUGAAAAAAAUGGUCAGGUGCCUGAGAAUGAUCUCAUAUCACCUGUCUAUGUAGCCAAACCAGUCCUUCCAUCCCCACUGAGUCUCCAGGAAGUGGCUAUACUACUUCUGCAUGAUCCCAAAGAGCAGCACAGCCCUAAGCCACCUAGCGUUAAGACCAGUGAGCCAGGAAAACAAGAUGAACCCUAUUUCUCUCCACAACUUAGCAAAAUUGGACGAAGUCCUAGUCGCAAUUCACCCACAAAUACCGGAUCUCUCAGGCGCAGGAAUAAGAGUGCUCCGAGAAAUAGCUAUGAGGACUAUGAGGAGCGAACUCUGCCCACGCUGAGAACUUCACAAACUAAUGAAUUUUUAAGGGAAUGCCAAUCUACCGCGGAAGUAGAGGCGAACACUCGUGGCAAGUUCAAGGUGAUGAAUGACCGAGAGAAGAGACAGGCUGCACUACCACUCCUUGUCUUUGGAACAGAACUGGUGGAACUCUUCUAUUCGAAGCAAUUCCAGGACCGAGAAGAAGGACUCACACGUCUGAGGAACAUUCUCAGGAAUCCCACUGUGAUUGAGGGCACAAUUGGGCCCAACAAAGUGGCCAGGAGCUCAACAUUGCUCCUAUACCGUGCCGUUCGUGACGCUGUCUUUUCCGUCUUCAGCCAAGCUGCUGAGACAGUGAGAGCAUUGUUUGUGGACUUCAUCCCACAACGCAUCUCAGCAAACGAGGUCUCACGCUGUGUGGAUCGUCUGUUGCCCGAGCUAUUGGCCAAAAGUGGUGAUCCCUCUCCCCGAAUUCACACUCUGGCGCAGCAUACGAUUCUUAGCAUUGCUUCGUGUACUGAAGUACGCCAGCAAAAUCUCGUUGCACCCGCAUUGUCUCGUCCCGUGGGCUCUGGCACCCAUCCUCGACUGGCACUCAGUCGUAUCCAGAUGUUGGAACAACUGGUGCUGAGUCAGGGUAUCAGCACGGAUAAACAAAGUGGACUUACAUGCCGAUCUCUGACCGAAUGUGGCUGCUCAGGCAUUCACCAUCCGUCGGAACCAGUGCGAAAAGUAGCUGAACGAGUACUUCUACUCGUCUACCGCAUCAAUCCGCGUCUCAUCAGGAAGCAAUUACCCCCAGAUGAUGACAUUACCCGACGCAAUCUUCUCUACCGUCAACUCUUUACCGAAUUCGACAAGAUCGACAAAGCUAGACGCAGUGAAAUGAUGGAAUCCCUGCGAGAUGAGCAAGCAGAAGAGGAAGAGGGAGCAGCCUUUGGGGAAUCAUGGGAUGUUGAAGAACUAAAAGUAUCGCUGCCAAAUAUGGCUAAUGGAGACAAGAACGGAUGCAAAGAGACUGUGCAAUGUUCCUUCUGUGAUUGGACAUGUGAGAAAGACGGAGCGCAAUUGGACAAACACUACUGGAAAACUUGCCCGAUCCUCAUGAAAUGCCCUCAGUGCCAGUGUGUCCUAGAAGUAUCUGCCUAUUCGCAUCAUUUAACAAACGAAUGCGAAGCUAAGGAAAGCUACGUAAUCUGCAAAAGAUGCACAGAGGCCGUCCACAUGGAGCUCUAUCAGUUGCAUCUCCUCGAAGAAUACUGCAGAGAAUUGCCCACGGGCAAAGUGAGGUGCCCACUGUGCCAUGAGAACAUCCCAGAAAACGGUUGGAAAAAACAUUUUCUCGAACCCACGCACUUCUGUCGCGGAAAUUCCCGACGACGCAACGGUAAAAAGUAGAUUCUGAGCUUCGAACACAUUUCAAAUUAACAAACACCUCUAAUUCCAAAUCAAUUUAAAUUUAUAUUAUUGUAUGUAAAACUGCUUUUGACAUUAUUAAAAAAAAAAGGGAAAAACUCACUAUUAAAAAUAAUUACAAAAA